ACUUUGCUAGGCGUCUAACAUCUGAGCUGUAGCACGCACAUAAUACAGUCUAGUGUCCUGUCUGAAAAGCAACUGCAGCGUGCUGAAGACUGCAAAACUUUUGGGUAUCUCUACUUUCCAUCGUCAUUGGCCUUUGUCGGAACUGAAGUCGAGGUGGAUGCAACUUUAAACACGAACAUUAUAAAAAUAAGUUUGGCUGCUUAUUUAGAAAAGUUUGAAACCAAUGUUUUGUUUUGAGUUUCUAUCGGAGAGUCUGGAACUCGAAAUACAUGCUGAAGACAGAAACUCAUACUCUUUUUCGCUUAAAAAACAACUUUCCCUUAAUUAUUUAUUUAGUAUUAAUUGUUUAAGGUGGCCAAAUCACGGCUGUGAAUGAAGAAUCCAGUUAGUCAACCAACUUGCUAACUUUUAGAACUUUCGUUGCCAGCGAAGUUGAAAUAAAUCAGGGUCUUCAUGAGGAAAUUCAACGUGCUAGUUGAAACUCUGUCCUAGUAAUAGCCUACAGCUGAGCGCCUUUUCCGUGUUUUUGCGUUGCGGUUAUAUUUUAAACUUUUAUUUAACCGACUCAAUGAAGACGAUGUUAGUGUUCUCUACGGUUUACACAUUUGCCGUGCUGUUUGUUUCGACGAAGGCUGAGCCCAAGUCGACAAGCUGCAAUGAAGUUAGGGCUGCGUACAGUUCCAAAGGCUUCAACUCCAAUGAUGUUCCCAACAAAGGAAUACAAGGAGCCCAUCUGAAGGUGUGUCCCCAGGAAUACUCAUGCUGUACGCUGGAGAUGGAGGAGAAGCUGAGUCAGCAGAGCCACUCGGACCUGAAGGCCCCCGUCUCCCAGCUCAGCACCAACCUACAGAGCACCUUCAAACAGAGGCACAGCCACUUUGACCAGUUCUUCCGCGAGUUACUGGACAACGCGGAGCGCUCGCUCAACGACAUGUUCGUGCGCACAUACGGCAAGAUGUAUGUGCAGAACGCCGAGCUAUUCAAGCACUUCUUCCAGGAGCUGAAGCGCUACUACGUGUCAGGCAGCGGCGUGGUCAACCUGGACUCCAUGCUGUCUGACUUCUGGGAAGACCUCCUGGAGAGGAUGUUCCGAUUGGUCAACGUCCAGUACGAGUUCAGCGACGCCUACAUGGAGUGCGUCAGCCGGCACACCGAGCAGCUAAAACCGUUUGGCGACGUGCCACGCAAGCUCCGCCUCCAGCUGACACGGGCCUUCGUGGCGGCGCGCACCUUUACCCGCGGCCUGGCGCUCAUGCCCGAGGUGGUCAACAAGGUCUCCACGGUCAAUGCGUCCCCUAGCUGUGUGCGGGCAGCCAUGAAGAUGAUGUACUGUCCCUACUGUUCUGGCCAGAUUGCCCUCAAGCCGUGUCAGAACUACUGUUUCAAUGUGAUGCGUGGCUGUCUGGCCAACCAGGCUGAUCUCGACACCGAGUGGAACAACUUCCUGGAUGCAAUGUUGAGUCUGGCUGAGAGGUUGGAGGGGCCCUUCAACUUCGAGUCUGUCAUGGAUCCCAUUGACGUCAAGAUCUCUGAGGCCAUCAUGAACAUGCAGGAGAACAGCAUGCAGGUGUCACAGAAGGUGUUUCAGGGGUGUGGUCAGCCUCAGCCAGGUAAAGGCUUCCGGUCCCGUCGCUCAGUCAAGGAGACAGGAUUCACCGGUCGCUUCCGUCCCUACAGCCCCGAUGCACGUCCCACCACAGCUGCUGGCACCAGCCUGGACAGACUGACGACGGAUGUGAAGAAGAAGCUGAAGCAUGCUAAGAAGUUCUGGUCCACGCUGCCAGAGACCGUGUGUGUUGGAGAGAGGAUCACGUCUGGGGAUGACUGUUGGAAUGGAACAGCAAAGAGCAGGUACGAGUCUGUUGUUAUGGGCAACGGAUUGGCCAAUCAGGUGUCCAACCCAGAUGUGGAAGUGGACAUCACAAAGCCAGACCUGGUGAUUCGCAGUCAGAUCGCAGUGUUAAAGGAAAUGACUAGCUGGCUGAAGGCCGCCCACAGCGGCAACGACAUCUCCAGCGACCAAGAUGAGGACGGUAGCGGAGGAGAGGAGAGUGGCAGCGGCUGUGACUCUCCGUCCUGUGAGGUGGACCGGGACAUCUACUUCUCCACCACAGCCACCCCCAUCAACCCCCGCGUAGUCAAGGUGGUGCACCAGGACACGAGUGGCGUAGUCCGUGUGGCACACAGGAGCAUGGCACUGGCACUCAGUGCGCUUGUCCUGGCCCUGCUCGCCCCCCACUGGAGAUAAAACUGCCGAGGGAAGGAAAGGGAGAGAGCGCCAGAGAGAAGAGGGGAAAAACUGUCAGAGAUACUUUAUAAAAGACUGCCUUCAGGACCUCGGUCUGCCCGCCAUCUUUGGGGGGGGCGGGGGCUCUGGAGUUAUUAAUAUUAUAAUAACUUCACUUUUAAUUUUGUUUUUAUAAAAAUGGACAUCAAGUGUACAGCGAUACGAUUUUCUUCCAAAAUGUUCACUUUUUUUAUUUUUAUUAGCAUUUUGUCCCGAUUAACUGAUUGGCCCCUUGAAGCUAGGAUCUCCACCGCCACAUCACCGACAGUGUUUUCAGUUCUACCAUUAUUCACAUUUUAGUUGUUGUCCAAGUGAGUGUUAGUGUCUUACAGAUAUCUCAAUUGGAACCCGGGAUUGUGUGUGUGUGCGCACGUUUUGUAGUGUGCCUGUGUGUCUGAGUGCUUUUCAUUAUAACAAUAUGCUCUCUAUUCACAAAUGCAUUUCCCUUAUCAAGAGAGCAACUAAUGAACAAUGUUUCUGGUUUGUGUGAGUGUGCUUCCUUUUCUUUUUAAAGAUAUAGUGGCCGUAUCGUCAGGCUGGCCAGGGAUGAAUGUGUAUGAAAACAUUGAAAUGGAAAUCUUGGUCACAUGUUGAAGCUUCAGACUGGCUCACACAGCUGAAAGUACAAGAGACUGGUAGCUCUGUGGGAAAACACUGAGAGAAGUUACAGGGCUGAUGGUUUGGUAGGAGGUGGAACUAGCUGGUGAGGGGUUCUCUGGGUUUCUGUGUGCCCAGGUGUGUAUCCAUCACAUCCUAAACUACACUCUAAACCAGUCCACUGAGAUCAUACCGCAUGUGUUCUCUGAAUCAUCAUCAUUAUAAACUAGCUGUGUUGGAUGUAUGGGGGAAGUCUUGAUAUAGGUUACAAGGGAAUGCUGGAGACUUGACAGGAGGGGCUCCCUCUCCCUGGCAUUCCCCCUAUAGAAGGCAGAGCUGACGGGUGUCCUGGGGCAGUAACUCUGCACAGUCAGUCUGACAUGAAAAAAUGUGAUCUUGGCAGGGAGUGGCUUGUAUGUUCAACAUCUUUUAGAUAUAGCAGAAAAGAGAAACUAAGACACAAUUGAGUGACUUUGUGAAUUGAAUUGGAGAUGAGGGAAACGUGGAGACUGAGUAUGAUAAAAUUGGAACACAGGGUUUUACGUGGAGGUAGUGUUCACAUUUUUUGUAAUAAAGAUAUGUAUUAGGUACUACAAUGAAUUGUACUGUUAGUUGUAGGAGCUGGUGGUCUGUGUGCACAGAUUGUUUUGGGGUGCUUGUUUGCACCCCAUACAGACAUUUACCUCUACUUUCAUUAGAUCUGUCUGACGUGUCCCCCCUUGCAUCCAAUAAUUUCAACUGUUUGCAACUAAAGUUGAUACAUUCUGUCUUGCAUGGAAAAUGAAACCUUGGUACGUUAGUAACUACUUAAUGAUCAUGAAAAACUGUUGUUUUCUGGGAAUUCUCAAAUCAAUCAAUUGUAUCCGUUGUCA